AUGUCGUCACCUAAGCCGUCGCCUGCCGACGUAGAGAAGCCCGAGCUUCAGUCACCGGUUGCGAAGCUGCCAGAGACCGACAACGCGCCCGAGAACGUGGAGAAGAAGGAGGAGGAGGCGGAUCCCGGUUCCGAUCGCGAGCCUGGUGAGGCUUCGCCAGAGCCUGAAUCUUCGGAUGCCCCCAACAAGGACAGUAACGCGCCACCUCUACCAAACGAGCCGACACCAGAUGGACCCCCUUUGCCAAAUGAACCUGUGCCUGGUGGUCCUCCCCUGCCGAACGAGCCUGCGCCUCAACCCGAAGACGACGGAUGGGAUUGUCAAUGGGACCCAACCACCCAAGCCUGGUUCUUUGCCAAUCGCUUCACCGGGAAAACGCAGUGGGAGAACCCGCGCGUCGCCACCCCUGCGGCCCCAGGUACACAGUCGAGCGUUCCUAAGCCGCCCGUGUCUGAGAAGCCUGCCGCGGGUGGUUACAACCCCGCCAUCCACGGCGACUACGAUCCCAACGCCUGGUAUGCGCAGGGCAACAACGAAGAUGCUGCUGGACCAUCCACUGGUGCUGUGAUCGACCCGUCGGACGUUUAUGCUUCGACGGCUUCCUUUAACCGCUUCACUGGACAGUUCCAGACGGCCGGCAUGGGUCCUGAGCGGCAUAGCGACGAGGCCAAGUCGCGGCGUCAGAUGAACGCCUUCUUUGACGUCGAGGCUGCUGCCAACGCCCAUGACGGCCGAAGCUUGAAAGCCGAGCGGUCGGGCAAGAAACCCUCCAAGGCAGAGCUGAAGCAGUUCAAGGAGAAGAGGCGCGCCAGGAAGGAGGAGAAGCGCCGCGCUUGGCUGAGAGACUGA